AUUCAAAUAUAAUAGCAUCUUGCAAUAGUGGUAAUCUGCCAUCCAUUGAAAAUUAUCUUGCAGAAUGGGAAAAAAUGUCUAUUGGAUGUUUUAAUGAUGGAAAUAAAAUUAAUGAAGCUGUUAUUAGACUGGUUGGAAACGGAAAGAUUACGAAUGGAAAG